UGAACACACAACACAUUGUCACCAGAAUACAGUAUUUCCAGUUGCAGAGAGGAGCAGGAGAAGAAGGAGAGGAGGAAUAAAAUGGGAUGUGGUCGAAGCAAACCGUUUAAGGUGUAUGAACAUGGAGGACAAAAUACAGAGAUCUGUAAACAAUUUACAAGGAAGAUUGAAAAAAAAGGAAACUAUGAAGUAUCAGUUCGUACUGACAUUAAGAAGCCGUCUUUUCUCUAUGUUCAUGAAGUUACCCGGGUUUUCCAUGACAUUAAGAGUGCACUGAAUAGUGCUGGAAAUAUCAAAUCUACAGCCUUUGAACUCCUUGAACUAAUUGACAAUGGAAAUGCCACUGAUGUUGACAAUUCGGGGAUGGAUGAAGAUGCUGCUAGAUUUCCAAGAGUUGAUUCCUAUGAUGCUGUGGUUGUAUUUAGGAAAUUAACACAAUAUGAAAAACCAGACUCCAGUGAUCUCUACUCCAAACCCCGGCCCUUGGGGAUCCCUAAUGAGUUACCCAUCGUUGCAUGCUACUGGCUUGAAAAGAACUGCAAGCAACAACUGUGUAACUGUGAGGAAAACGAGAAGUCUGUGAAGAAGCUUGUUCACUUAAUAAAAAAGGACACGGCCUGCUGCUGCUCCUGCCUCUUCUCACGCUUAUUGUGCAUCCUGGGAGUCUUGAACAGGUGCUGCUGCUGUAUAUGUAUCAAAUGUAGUUGUGACUGCAUGACGCCCCAGAAAGGAAGGGUGUGCAGGGCUGGAGACACAGCAUGUUAAAGAAGAACACCUCGCUCCUUGUUUUUACACUCUGUUUUAACAAGUCAAUUUGUAAACCAAGAAAAAAUCCUUAAAGUGAAUGUAGGAUACCUUCACAAAUUCCUCUUUGCAAAUAAAAUGAUUUAACAUCUGCGUAAAGUAUUUGGUUGUGUUUUUUAGAUGUAUGUUUUUUAUCUUUUGGUGUUUGGGACAAAAUGUACGCAUACAAAAUGUAAAAUACGUGCUCCCCGAAGAAUGUUUGUGUUGCAUAUAAAUAACAAAAAGAAGUGGAUCCAUCCUCUAACAUUUGUAAGCAUCUGUUAGCAUAACUGAAUUACUAGCACCACAUUUUCAGUACUACACAGUAGUUGGUUCCAGACCAUUGAUACAAAAGCGUUUCUAAAAGGAUAAUGUUAAUUGAAUAUAUCCUUGUGCGAA